GUUGAUCGCAGCGCGUGCACUCACACGUCUCGGUUUGUACCGUGUGAGCAGGACGCAGGCAGGAGCUCCGGGACUCGGUGAGGGUAAUUAUUCUGACUCGGUUCCUGAGGCUCGGUGUGAACUGCAGGAUCGUUAUGGCUUGUAACGGGAGCGGGACGGCGGCCGGCUGCACGCGCCUGGAUGAGGAGCAGCUGCGCGUGCUGGAGGAGAACUUCACGCGCGGUAGCAGGAACCCGGACGGUGCGACGCUCGCGCUCAUCGCCGCCGAGUGCGGACUGAGCGAGGAGGAAACCAAGAAGUGGUUCUCGAUGCGUAACGCUCAGUGGAGGAAAGCCGAGGGACUGCCUGCACAACUGGGAUCAGUGAAGGACUGAAGAAAUGCAAGAAUCUCUCUGUACACAGCUCAUACGCUUCGUAUCUCUGUCCAGUAUCUGUGCUCUGUCUGUAGUUACGUUCUGCAUGGAUCCAUGCUCAUACGGCUCAACGAUUGUUGAAUUUUAGGAUUUAUUCUAUAUUCUUUGUUUAUAGGUCUAAUGUGAAGUAUAUGUAUAUUGCAAAUAACUAUCAUGUUUACAUUAUUAAAUAAUAAUGGUAUAUUUGUGUA